AUGUCUAACAAUAUUAAUCCCUUAGCAGGAACAGCACAUUUACUAGAUGAGCUAGACAAGAAGCUCAUGGUACUGCUCCGAGAUGGAAGAACACUGAUCGGAUAUUUACGCUGCGUGGAUCAAUUUGCCAAUCUAGUCCUACAUAAGACUAUUGAAAGAAUUCAUGUUGGAAGAGAGUAUGGCGAUAUACCAAGGGGAAUUUUUAUUGUUAGGGGCGAAAACGUUGUUCUUUUAGGCGAAAUUGAUAAGGACAAAGAAGACAAUUUACCUUUAACUGAAGUAUCAGUUGAUGAUAUUCUAGAUGCUCAAAGAAGGGAACAGGAUGCAAAAAUUGAACAGCAAAAAUUACUUUCAAAGGCUUUGAAAGAAAGAGGCCUCAAUCUGUUAGCGGAUUUAGGUCAUGAUGACAUGUUUUAA